AUGACCUGGGACGAGUUUAAGGUACCAUUCUUUAAACACCAUAGUCCCAAGGCGGUUAUCAAUCGAAUCAAAGAGGAAUUCAUUCAGCUUAGGCAGAAGGGUGAAUCUAUCGAUAAGAUCACGGGGAUCUUUCUCGACAAAUUGAGGUUUUGUGAUGAGUUGGUGACGUCCGAAGAGCAGAAAGUGUAUUAUUGCUAUAAUAUGCUAAGUGCAGAAUAUCGGGAGUUUAUGACUCCCUCGAAGUACAAGACUCUCACCAAAAUCAUUAAUACUUCUCGUGAAAGAGAAAUAGAGCUGAAGAAGCAGAUAGAGAGAGGGGAAAGAGGGGCACAGGUUGUUAAUCCAAGCCCAACGAAAAAGGCACAUACGACGGAGUCGUCAAAGAAACAGGAGGGAAAAAGCGGGUCGCCAAGCUGCAAGGUAUGCGGGAAAGGGCACAAAGGUGAGUGCCGGUUUAAAGAUAAGCCAUGUCCCAUAUGUGGGAAGACAGGGCACACGGCUGCAUUAUGCCCCGGGAAGGUAUCGGUGUGUUACAAAUGCUAUCAACCAGGUCACAAGAAAUCAGAGUGCCCGAAGCUAGUCAGGAAAAAGGAUGGCAAGGAUUCACAUACGGAGACUCCAAAAGCAAAAGCAAAAGCCAGAUCCUUCCAGUUAACGGCAGCCGAGGCGAAGGUGGAACCCGAUGUGGUCUCAGAAGUAGAAAUAGGUGAUAACAAAAGUUUUAUCGUAUGUGACGUAUGCCAAAAUUGUAAGAUGAGUAUCGACGGUGAAGAAUACUCGAUAGACUUGAUUCCAAUGUCGAUAGGAGAAUUCCAAGUAGUGGUCGGGAUGGAUUGGCUAUCCCGACAUCACGCGAAGGUCGUGUGUUUCCGCAAGGAGAUUAAGUUAACAUCUCCAAGUGGAAAACACGUUACCAUCUAUGGCGAAAAAGGGGGUAAUCCCUUUAUGUGCUCAAUGCUAAAAGCUCACAAACUCAUGAGGCGUGGGUGUAGAGCACUCAUGAUAUACCAAACGAACCAGAUAAAGAAACGCCAAAGAUUGAAGCCAUACCGGUGGUACGUGAAUUCGCCGAUGUAUUUUCGGAAGAUUUACCGAGAAUACCGCCAGAACGGGAGGUAG